GCCUCUCUUUACGAAAGGGUAAUUCUAGGGUUCGUUCAUUUCUCCUUCGGUCUGUGUCUUUGGGUUUCUCCUUAUUUGUUUCUCCCAUUUUCUCUCUCUAAAAUAUUUCUCUCUCUCUAAGAUGAUACUGACACAGAUGUUCUGAUUAUCUUCCAUUCUCUCUGAGUCUUCUGUGUGUGAUUCUUUAAGGGUCUUUGCUAAUUCUACUGAGAUUUUAUUUGUUCUCAGCUGGUCAUGGCUACAAUACAGAAACAAGAGCUUGAAGGAGAAAACAGACGAACCGCUGAUCAGAGAAUCAACGGUAUAGGAAACGUGGGUUCAAUUGAUCACAACGUUGACGUUCCAUCUCAUAAACCACCACCGGCAGCGCCACCACAAGAAACACUGCCCACGGCUGAGAAAACCCAAUUGCCACCGCGCACGGAGGCUUCGGUGUUGUUUAAGGAGGAACCGGAGUUUGAGGAGAGGUCAACGGCGGAGCCGAUUAGUAUGUUGCCGGUGGCGAUGCCGAUUCCGGUGCAGAUGAGACCAGCGGUGGCGCAGCCGCCGAAGAGGGCGUCUACAAAGGACCGCCACACGAAGGUGGAGGGCCGUGGGCGGAGAAUCCGGAUGCCGGCCACCUGCGCCGCCAGGAUCUUCCAACUGACCCGAGAGCUCGGCCACAAGUCCGACGGCGAAACCAUCCGGUGGCUGCUGGAGCACGCGGAGCCCGCCAUCAUCGCCGCCACAGGGACCGGCACCGUCCCCGCCAUCGCCAUGUCCGUCGGUGGAACCCUAAAAAUCCCAACUACCUCCGCCGCCGCGAACGACGGCGACCCCACAAAGAAGAAACGCAAGCGUCCAGCAAACAGCGAGUACGUCGACGUCAACAACGACACCGUUUCGGUCCCCUCCGGUCUGGCACCAAUUGGAGCAGCGACACCUCCCCAAACACUGGUGCCCAUGUGGGCCAUACCAUCAAAUGCAGCUCCAACAUUUUGGAUGAUUCCAUCCACAACCGCCAUUGCUGGGCCUUCAAAUCAACCCCAAUUUUGGACAUUUCCGACCACGGCCACGCCGUUGAUCAAUUUAUCAGCAAGACCCAUUUCAUCUUUCGUAGCGUCAAUGCAACCCACAAUCAAUAUCAGCACAGCGACGCCAGUAGAGCUUCAAGCUUUGCCAACCUCUGUCACUGCAAGUUCCACAGUCGGUCCCAAAACUGAAAGAACAGUUUCAACUAGUGCCCCAAGUUCAACUUCUACGGCUAAAUCUCCAAUGCUCAGAGACUUUUCGUUGGAGAUUUAUGAUAAACAGGAGCUUCAGUUCAUGGGUUCACGCUCUGCUAAUCCCCAAACACCUUCUUCCAAACAAUGAAGAUUAGGGCUUCGAAUCUUUUGAUCAUUCCGCCAUGAAUGUUUUGAGCUUCAACUUUCUCACUCUAGAAUCUCUCUCUAGUUUUUGGUGUGGGUGGGGAUCACGUGCGCACGUGAGGUCGAGUUUAAAGGUAUGCACGUGCGAAGUGGGAUCAGAUUAGGCGAAGGGCGAGGAGUUUGUUGGGGGUGUGGGGUUGGUGGGGACCACUAAAAUGGUGGGUCAAAGCUUUGAUACAAGCAAAGGGCGCAGCGUGUACCGUGCAAAAGGGUGGGGCUUAGGCCCUUUUUUCUUUCUGUGUGUGGGCCACCUAGUCUGUCUGUCAUGAGAUGGUGGGUUGGGGGCCCCAAGGAGGAUGAGGUUGUGGGGCCCAUAAGAAACCGUUCAACAAGGUGGCCAAGUGGUGGUCCCAUAUAUCUGCUGAUACAACCGAGACGGAGUGGGGAAAGUUUGCGGCUUAGAUUCAGACACGUGGCUGUCCUUUUAAAGUAGGAAUAGAUGGUGGGCCACGUUUUUAUGCUGCAACACGUGGACCAUCUGGUGGGCUGGUGAGGAUCUGGACCGUUUAUUGGUACGUGAUAGUGAUUAUCAUAAUAAGUUUGAUCACGGGGGCACAUUGGAGGACUCGUGCAUUCGGUCUUUGCAUUGAUAGUGUGUAUUUUAUAGUUAAAUUCGACUCAAUUGUUAAGAGUGCAAAUUCUUGGCAUAUUUAAAACAAAAUCUCAUAUUCAAACUUAAUUUUUUGUUUUAUACUAUGAACAA